AUGUCGAUAUUUAAACCACGUAACAGUGGAAUAGACAAGAAACAAGCAACAGCAGAACCAGAAGAUAACUUAAGUUAUUCUUCAAUUGCAAAACAACAUACUAUAAGUACAACGCAAGAACUUACCAAGAAUGAACAUUAUUGUGUAUCAAGUUUACCUGCAUUACCAUCAGUUUUUAAAACCCAUUCAACAUCUUUCAUCAAUGGUUAUUCAGAUUGUGAAUCAAAUUAUUCAUUAGUUAUCAAUGAAGAUUCGAUAUUUGUGUGGAGUUAUAAAUUAACUGAUUCAAUCCCGUUGUCGAUUGAAUUUCCAAUUGAUAAAUCAAGAUUUAAAUUGCCAAUGGCUAUUUUAACAAGACCUUCAAGUGGUACUGGACAAGAUCCUGGAUUGAUUAUAAUUGAUGGAAUUUCUGGAUUGGUCAAAUUUUAUGAAAGUGUACAACAUGCUCCUUCAUUGGGAUUAAUUAAUGAUAAAUCAUUAGAAUUAAAUUUACCUUUAAAGAAAAAUGAAUGUAUUGUUGUAGCCGAAAAUAUUGAACCUUCAGGAAUUGUUAUUGCUACUAAUUUUAAUAGAUGUUUAUUGAUUUCUUUAAGAGAUUUUAAAAGUAAACCACAAUUGGGAUAUUUGGAAUUAUUAAAUAAUCAAAGUUUUUUACAAAAAUUAUUUAACAAUUCUUCAUCUAAUGGUGAAACAUUUGAUAAUGACAUUGUUGCUAUUAGAUCAGGGAAAAUAUCAAAUCAUGGAACUUGUCAAGAAAUUAUCGUUUUGGAUUCUUCUGGUGGUUUCCAUUUAUAUACUUAUAACUUAUUCUCAGCUAAUGGAUCUCCUUAUAUUGACAAAAAGAAAUCUUUCAAACAAUAUAUUAGUAUUGAUGUUAAUGAAUAUCCAGGGAUGUUAUUAGAUCAACAGUUGGAAUUCUUGGAUAUUUGGCCAAUCGAUCAAACUACCACUAAUAGUACUAACGAUGAAGAAGAAGAUGAUGAUGAAGCAGAAGAAGGGGAACGCUAUUAUUUAGCAUUGGUGAAUAUUCAAGAUGAUUUAUAUUUGAUUACUUUAAAAAUUAAUAGAUCUGGUUCAUUACCAAUUGGAUCUCAUAAAUUAAAAACAGCUCCAUCAUAUGAUAAUACCAUCAAUAAACCAAGACUUUAUUUACCAAAACCUGAGAAAACAGCAUUUGUCAUUAUUGAUAAUUCUAUAAUUUUAACUGAUUUGAAUAUUUCUUAUCUUACAGAGUCAUUAUCCACAAAGAGAUCCAAUUCCUACUAUUAUUAUAAACCAAGAUGGGAAGAUAUCAUUCGAUUUAAAUCAUCUGUGGAGUUUAUUGGUAAUGGAUACGAGAAUCAAUCAGCAAACUCAAACCCAGCUAUUGUUUUAAUAACUAAAAAUUUUGGUGUUAUUAGAGUUGAAAAAUUCCCAGAAUCUCAAGAUAUCGACAAUGAGGUUGUUACUGAUCCAUUGACAGUGGUUAAAUCUCAUAUUGAACAAGCUAUUUUCUAUUCAGAUAUUGAAGAAAUUGAUUUCGAUUUAAUUCAAAGAUUUGAUUCGGAGAUUAUAACUAAAGCAAUCCAAUCAAUCAUCCAAGAGAUUUUAGACUCAACUUCAGCUUAUUUACCUAAAACAUUACCAUCAAUUUCUGAUUUGACUAGUUUGAAAGUGAAGUUAUACAAAACACUCAUUGAAUAUGUUGAAAGAAAUGGAUUUAACCAAUCAGUCAUCCCACAAAUUGUUGAAAAUUUGGAGAAAUCAGAUGUUGCUUAUCAAUUGUGGACUAUUAUUGAUGAAACCGAUUCAUUGAAACAGGUAUUACAAAAACAAGUUGGUGAUUUAAGAGAGUUUUUCACUCAUAAAAUAUCCAAUAUAAAUCAAGUUUUGACCCAAUUUAUUGAAGAAUUAGGCAAAGAGAAUUUACCGGUUUUACAAUUAAUUGUCAAUACAUUAUAUCAAGGAGUUUAUUUAAAUGACGUGAAAUAUAUCAAGAACGAAAUUGUUAAAUCUUGGAUAUUUGAAACUCAUUUAAUUGUUCGAACUCAAGAAAUAUUCACUCGUGAGUUUGUUGUUGAUUCAAUUGGAAUUGAUAACACCAAAUCAAAAGAUGCAUUGAAAUUGGUUGAAGUUUUAUAUUAUUUUGUCAAUGAAGCAAUCAGUUAUAUGAAAGUAACUUCAUCAUCGACAGAAGACAAUAAACAACUUGAAGAUUAUCAAAAAUGGUAUAAUGAAAUCAAAUACUAUUGGAUUGAAGUAUUAUUACAGUUUGAUCUUAUUCAAGAAUCAAUUGAAAUUGGUGAAAAAUAUCAAGAUUUUGCAUCAUUAGCAAGAAUAUUGGAUUACCAAAAAACCAUCAAGAAUAUCCCACUUGAAGAAUUGAAUUAUAUUAAAUAUUUUGAAAAGUUUGGCUAUGAAUUUGCUAGUUGUGUUUAUGAUUAUUAUUUAAAGAAUAAUCAAAUUCAAUCAUUAUUAUUAGAUUUCAUUGAUUAUAAAUCUUAUCUAUUGAAAUAUUUCAAUGAAAAACCAAUUAAAACUUCAAAUGUUUCAUGGAUUAGAUAUUUAUUGGAUAGUCAAUUCAAUCAAGCUUCUGAUGCAUUGAUCACAUCUGCUCAAAAACAACCACCAUUGAAGUUACAAGAUCAACAGAUUAAAUAUUCAUUGGCUAAAUUGUGUGCAAUUGCUGCAAAUGAUGACAAGGAUAAUUUAAAUGAUAUUAAUAAUCAAUUAUUGGUUAUUAAAUAUCAAAAAUUAACCAACAAUGAAAUUGGAAGAAUUGAAGCUAUACCAAAGGGAACAUUUAUUAAGAGUUAUAUCAAUGCAAAGAUCACUAAAGAAUAUCAAAAUUCUUCAUUAAUUGAUCAAUAUUAUGAGAAACUUGUUAAGAAUUUGCAAUUAUCAUCAAUUGAAUUAAUUAAUUUAUUAACAACUAUAAAACCAUCACUACUUAAUAAAGAAUCCUUUGGAUAUGCAUUUAAAACAGCCCAAUCAAUAAUUAAUCAAAGUUUAUCUGAUUAUUAUUCAGCUUUAGUAUUGAUUCGUUUGUUAACCAUAGGUGAUGAGGAUGAUGAUAACAUCAAGGAUAUGAAUUCUUCAUCCGAUGCUAAACUUAGGGAAAUGGCCACUGAUUCUAUUCUUUUCAAGACUUUAACACUGGAUCCUAAUGCAAUUUCAAAACUAGAUCAAUUAUUGAUCAAUCCAAGUUUGAUCCAGAAUGAUAAUGAUCAAUAUCAAGAUGAUCUUGUUAUUAGACAAUUUAAUGAAUCUUUAAUCAUGAAAUUAAUUGAAAGACUCAACGAUAAUAAAUUCAAAUUAUGGGUUGAAUCAGUUAAAGAACAAGCUAGACUAUAA